AUGGGCAUCCAGGCGAGCCGCGCCCUCGCCGCGCUCCUCCUGGCGGCGCUGGCCGCCGCGACCCUGCGGGGAGCCUCGGCGGUGGUGCAGUGCGGCCAGGUGACCCAGCUGAUGGCGCCCUGCAUGCCGUACCUCAGCGGCGCCCCCGGGAUGACGCCCUACGGCAUCUGCUGCAACAGCCUCGGGGUGCUCAACCAACUCGCCGCCAGCACCGCCGACCGCGUGGCCGCCUGCAACUGCGUCAAGGCGGCCGCCAGCGGCGGGUUCCCGGCCGUUGACUUCAGCCGCGCCGCGGCGCUCCCCGCCGCCUGCGGGCUCGCCAUCAACUUCGCCGUCACCCCCAACAUGGACUGCAACCAGGUUACGGAUGAACCCUGA